GACAUCUAAACAAGUCUACUUAUAAACGCAAUUACAUAUCCGAUACAGUUAGACUGCGGUAGAUUUUAUACCGUCCAAGGUUAGAGCUGUCGUUGUCCCAUGCUAACAUAACAUUUGAAACUAGCAUUAUCACUCGGAAUUACUUCGCCACUAUAUAAAAACAAAGCACAACACCGUCAAGUUAUUCAAAUAUUUAACGCGAUUACUUCGGACGCAGUGUAAGCCGUUCGUCGGACGUCAUCUAAUCUCUAACUGAGACGGUAAACAGAAAUCUUGAGUUAUUUCGUAGUGAAUGAAUAAAGCGGGAAACCGCUGGAUUAUGUGACUUCAAGAAUGCCAGGAGUCGUGCCAAGUCAUGUACUAACUGGUCUUAAUGCCGACUAAUGGCACCGGCUGAUGUAUUUUUUAAUUGGGUGUUGAUUUUUUAGCACGGUUUCGUUUUUCCCAAUGACGUCCACAUCUCGCGCGUGUUAACACAGCCUGGUAUAGACUAUAGAGUACAAAAUAUCACAGUGUCACUACUUGAAACUGUACAUCACUUAAAUUGUCUACAUUAGUAGAAUAUUUUUUAUAGCUAUAUCGAUUAAAACUAAUCUGAGAUGUAUUAUAUCAGAAGAUUAAAAAUUAUUAUGUCAUUAUUAAUAGAGAGUAAAGGUUUUAUUUUGCAAAUUGCACUCUUCAUCUAUAAGGAUCUGUAUAGACGGAGUCUAAUACAUCCUGUGUGUAAAAGCUUAAUAUCCGUUUCCUGUCAGUCUCAGACCCAACCUGGAGACUCGUUUUACGUUAAGCUUUUUAAGAAUACAGUGCAUUUGAUGUAUCAUGAUGAAUUAUUUAACUUUAUAUGAUGUAAAAUUUAUAAAUACUGUCUAUUAUGGCUUAUUAUUACAUUAUCGGAGUGUUUUAAGUUCCGAUUACUCAAGUAAAUUGCAUUAUGAAGUCCGGGGGACUGCAGUAACAAUAUUUAGCCGAUACUUCGUCGGCACGUGACCUGCUUCAAAUAUUCCUGUUAAUGUAUGAAUUCUAUCCCACUACAGAUAUCUUCGCUGGUACUUAACUUUAGUACUAGUUUACGUGAAUACCGACGGUUCCAACAUGCGAUAUCUAUCCUUAUAUAGGAUAAAGUUAUAAAUUUUCCCUUAUUUUGGUUUCGUAGAAUUGAAAUGUGAAAAAAUAUGACGAAGAUGUAAUUAAAACUAACACAAUCUAAGAUAACAUUAUACUUAAGAUUUGGUUUAAAUAAGGCUUUGCUUCACUUGUAUGUUAAUUGUCCCACAAAAGCGUAAUACCAGUAAAAUUAUAAAUGUGUUAAAAAAUUUCUAUAUUAUAAUGGCAACUCUGUGCUAACGAUAAAAAAUUUAAAACCGAAUAUUAUCCUAACGACAAAUAUUUGUAUUACAACUGAAAUCAUUUGAAACAAACGGAAACUUGUACAGCAAGUAGCUUGUAUCAAAUGAACAUGGGAGUGUUGCUGCAAUAUUUUAAUUAAAAAUAUUGACGCAUGAUAUGCAUUUUAAUAAAAGGCAAUAGCUUUGAGUAUGAUACUUUUAAUCUAUAAAAGCCGAUGAUUAACAUAUCACAAUGAGAUCUGAAGUUUGAUUCGCAUCGUGUUCAGCUAUGCGCAUGUAGAUUUCAUAAAAUUUAAUAAAGACCAGCCACAGAACACCGCACGCCAUAACGACGCUCUUGGCGAGCAAACAAGAUAUAUGUGAAGAGAACGCUCGGCAUCAGAGAAAUUUUCGCUUCAUUCCGUGCGAACCCGCCUUUAUAUAUCGCUGACACUGGCUUUUUGUGUUCGGUAAAAGUUUUAUUUGUCUACGGUCAAUGUUGCAAAUUGAUACCGUUGCAAUUGCGAUAUUAAAUUUAAUAUUAUACAAGUUUUUUAUAUUAAAUACGAGGAAAAUUUUGUGUACUUCAAUGCAAAAUAUUUAUAAAAAAAAAUAUAACUCAAUAUGUACAUAAAUAAUAGUAUUUUCGUUAAGUUACAAUAGUAAACGGAUGAUCUUCUUUUAUCUGUGCAAAAAUUACUGAAUUUAUAUAGUCAAAAUAUUUUACAAACGUGGUUAUAUACCAUUAACUAUUCAAUAUUAUUAUUAUUAUCCAUUUCAAUAAUAUAUAUAAUAUAGUUUCACAACUUUUAACACUAGUUUUAUAAUAAUUAUAGGCAUUUUAGUUUUAAGCCCUAAUGUGUACGCAUCCAUCACUCACGGACGUGUCAUGGCCGACGUCUGCCCUUCAAGGACGAAAUGUUCACGAACUUGCCGCCAUUUUGCAUGUCAUUACUUUUUUUCUAAAAUUUAGUUUUUUUUUUAUUAAGAAACUAUUAAAAAAUGUAUAUUAAUAAAUUGUGUUAUUUUAAUGACACGCAAAAUUUAUAACAGAUCAUCAUUAAUUAUUGUUAAUUUUAGCUGCAUAUGCAGUGACGUAUCCGUGUUGUGAAAAAAUAUUGUUCGCACUUCACCCCUCAAAUUCAUACUCUGUGUACAUAUUUGGCGCCAUUUGUUAUUAUUAUUAAAAUAUUUGUAGGUGUAAACAUAAGACCGUCACUAAUAAAUUGAGAUAUUAAUUUAGUGAUCAAUAUAGUGAUCGGUUUUUAUAAAGAAUGUUAGAAAGGAUACAUUAAAAGUUAUUUUUAUUACGUAUCUUACACCCAAUAUAGUGUAAAUAUACGAGAACAUACUCCGAGACAUGUUGCAAUUUAGUGCUACGUAUAGCAUUGCUAAUGUAUAGUAACAUUUAUCACCCUAUUUAAAAGUUCCGACACGGAAAAGGUCCGACGAUAAAGAGGUAACAAGUAGUCGGAUCAAGUUGGUAGCGAUGUGCGAACGUGUCCGGCUGACUACGGUCACAAAUCUUCCAUUUCACUCGUCCCCAGCAUCCCGAGAGGAAAUAGCACGCUCCAAAGCACGCGACUGCGUAUCGGCUACUCCCGAAAUAGCCCCCCGCGCGGGACGAGGCUCAUCGACGUGCUUUUAGUAUGCUGCGCGCAUGCGACACGCCCGCACACUUCUGCGCUCCUAGUAUAACGCCGCGUAAACAACUGACGGAUAAAAAUAAAUGCAUUAUUAAAAUGGUCGCCAUUCUAGCGAACCCCAAAUGGAGCGAGGACCUUACAAUCCAGAUGAUCAUAGAGUACGAGAAACGCGAAUAUCUAUGGAACCCGGUGUCGGAGAACUACAAGAAUAAAAAAAUACGCGAACAGGGCUACGUAGAAAUAAUAAAAACGUUGAAUCUAGUGGACAUAACUGUUAAGGAGCUGAAGAAUAAAAUAAAGAACAUACGCUCCUCGUAUAGCGUCGAGCUGAAGAAGAUUCGCGCGGCUCGCAAGGCCGGGGCGCAUGCGUACCGGCCGAGCGUCACGUGGUUCGAACACGCAGACAGGUUCCUGAGGGCGAUAGUCACCCCGAGCUCCGUAGACAAUAGCCUUCUUGAAAUACCGAUGAGCGACGACAGCGACGCCGUUCAAGAUCUCAGCGAGAGGAAAUCGCCGGAGAAGAAGAGUCCAAGGAAACGACGCAGUUCCACGCGCUCGUCGACACCGUACGUCCUGAAUACGCCGUCGCCUCGACCGAACACCCCUUUCGGUCUCAAUCAGACUCCGUCCCCUUUCGGAAUCCUUCCAACGUCAACCGCCGCUCCGUUCUUGAAUCCCCCCGUCGGUAUAGCGACUCCGCUGACGACUUCGCUGGCUACUAUAUACCCGAUACCCGCGAAACAGAAGAGGAGCUCCGACGAUAGAAGCGAUCAAUCGGAAACCGCUCAAGACCUGAGCCAGCACUCGGAGAACGCGAACGAAAAUGAAUUUGAAAUGUUCGGCAAACUGAUCGCCAGCCAGUUGAGGAAAUUACCGCUCAGUCUGGCUUUGGACACGCAGCUUAAAAUACAAACGCUGGUGAACGCUGCUCGCAUUCAAGCUGUUUACCAGCAGUAUAGCUAUGCCGGGCCGUCCCAGGAGGCUCUGUCGGUUCAAGCUCUUUCAAACGGAAUACUAGCCAGCAUGGCGUCUCAAAGCCCUUACGCGUGUCGAGCUGUGGACAUGAGAAACGACUCCCCCGACGAAAUGCAGAGGGACUUAAAGGCAGAGUACUCCGUGGGGUCCGAAAUUGAUGAUUAAACGAGUCCCAGGACAUAAAACAGCUAGUCUUAUUAAACUGUCGUCUAAUGAGGGAAAUUCGACGAUAAAAAUAUUUAUAACGGUAGAGAAAAAUAUUUACUUCUUAAAUUUUUAAAUGUUAUAGAUGUUACCUGAAUGUGAUAGAUUUUAACUGGAGACAAGAUUUUAACAACCAGUUGACGAGAUGCCAAAGUACAAAUUACAUUUAACAAUUUCUAAGCAUUUUUUUCUAGUCUAUAUUCCAUUGGCUGUUUAUUUCAACCGCUCAAAAUUUUAAUAAUUAUUUGAUGUGAUUUUUUUUAAUUUAUAUAUAUAUUUUUUUUUAUACAUGUUUUGCGAUAUCUUAGGGUGUAUAUUAAGGAGUUUAGUCCGUAUGAAUAUUUUAUGAUUUUUUUAAUAUAAAAAUAUAUACGAAUUUAUUUAUAUUAUAGAUGUUAGAUGUGACGAUGUGAUUUUAAUAGAAAUACCUCAUAGAUUUAGAUUUGAUAGAAUUAUAUAUUAUCUGUUGUUCGUGCGGCGUUUAAAUGAAUGUGAUUUAUUGAAAAUAAAUAUUUUAUAAAUGUCCCUGAAUAA